AUGGCCUCGAAUUCAGAUCCCUCCGACACCGUACAUCAAGACGGCCGCGCAAAGGACUUUCUCAAAUUCAAAACAUACGCUGCAUGGACCUUUGUCGUCGGCGCACCCAUCCUCAUCAUCCUCCCUCCUCGCAAACUCGAUCUCAACACAUUCGCUCUGUCCGCCGCCUUUGCUGUCUCGGCCAACCACAUCUACCGAGACAGAAAUCCGGAUGGUCGCGGCAUUCUCGACGAUAUCGGGGUGAAAUACUUUGGCAGGCCAGAAUCUCAUGAUGCGCGAUCGAAAGGCAUAGCAAAUCUUUUCAACCCGCUUCCAACCGAAAAGGCAGCAGAAAUUCAAGACCAGCUACGUGCCGCCAAAGAGGCGUCGAUGGCCACGAAGGAGGAUCUAGAGAAAUACAAAGCCAACCAGCGAUUUGGCGACCGAUCCCUUCCGGAAAAGAUCUGGAUGGGCUCGGAGGCCGAAGGCUGGAAGGAGAAAAGGCUAAGAGAGGAGCAGAAGGCUUUGGCUGAGGGGAAAGGGUAUGGUGAUUUGAUCAUGGAGCAUAUAUGGGACGUGUGGAACUGGGGCAAGACAGGGGACCAGAAAAGGUUUGACGACGAAACGAAGAACGACCCAGAGAAGUAG